AUAUUUCACCACUGGCUCUUUCUAAAUCGGCGUCACUCACCGCGGGUCUGUAAAAAAGUUCCAAAUUCCAGUGUUUUAAUUGAUGUGAAUUGUGAAAAAAGUAAUCAAGGUGCCCCAUGAGAUCAUUUGACGCUGUUUUCACUAGUGUCCGCGAUGUAAAAGGGUGCGAAAAGUCGUGAAAAAUGCGCGUCCGACGCGCCAGUGUACUUUGGUGAAGUUCUUGUGAAAGAGGGUAUAUAUUUCGUCUCCGGAGACGAUGUUUGGUGCAAAAAUGGGAAAAAAUCCCAUCGUGGGUGUUGUCGUGUGAAAAUUCUGUAAGGAUAUAAGGAGAUUUUGUUUGGGAUUGACCAGAAAAACGGUCAGAAAUUGUGUGUGCUUGGUCUUUGUUUCACUCCCAACCAAAAAAAAACGGGAGAUUUUCUUGAGAAAUUUGCAGGCUGCGCCCCCUUUCUUUCUCACAUCACCUCUCUCAACAUCCCUGCAAUUUCUCCGGGAAAUUCUACCGUUCCCGGUGCAGCUCAUCACACGGGCUGAAUAAUCCAACUGGGGGCCCACAGUUGAGUGUAUUUUGAGUGGCAAAAAAAGGUGCCCGGACUCUGGGUGUUGGUUUUUGUUGGGCUGCUUGGAUUUUCGAAAAGAGAAGUCGCCGCCUCAGCCGCGCAAAUCUCACCACCAACACAAGGCAGCCAAACCCAACAUAUACACAGCCGGCAUUUUGCCACUUUUUCCACGACGCGAACGACGUCGAUCAUCAACAAAAUAGUCAUUAUUCCGUGUGCUUUUUCGUGCUUCUUCUCUUCCAAAAAGCACGAAAGAGGAGGAAGAGGAGACGUAGAUUGAGAAGGCAACAAGACAAAACUUGCGGAUCCGGACAACUUACCACACUGUGAAAAAAGAGUUUUAAGAUUUUUCUUCCAAAAAAAACAAAAACAAAAAAAAAACACGGUGAAAAAGUGCAGUGCUAGGAUACUCGUUGAGUGCUCGGUUCUUCCGCCCCUUGCAAAAACAAAAUACUGUGAAAAACCUUGGGGGUAAAAAUAUAAAUCCUCCUCAAGACAAAAUUUGUGCUCCUCCAAAAAGGACAGAACUUGUAGAAACAUUUAGUUAGAGACAAGAGUGAUCAUCUUCUGAAGACGAUUCCUAUUUCCUGUUUUCUUGAAUGGCAGCGAGAGGGCAAAAAUGGCCGGAAAUGGUGGACCGCCACAGCAGCAGACACAGCCACAUCACCAUCAGCAGCAGCAGCAGCAUCAUCAUCAGCAGCCACAUCGUCCACCGGGCGGCAUGAAUGAUCCACAGCAGAGUCAGCAGCAGAAGGUGAAGUCACCGCCGGGCAACGGACCCCCAAUGGAUCCGUCUGCCAUGCCACCUCACCAUCAUCCAUACAACGAGCCACCCGGUGGUCAUGGCAUGCCACCCGGUUCAGCACCACCACCUGGUGGUGCACCUCCACCUCCGCCACCCGAUGGACUGAUGGGCGGAAAGGAGGAGGCGGCAGUGGCCGCAGGACUGUAUCCCGGACACCCGGGACAGUAUCAGCAGCAGCAGCAGCAGCAGCAGCGUUACCACGAUCCAAAUGUCAUUCCCCAGUCCGAUCCCUACAGUCACUAUCGUGUUGUCGGUGGUGGGAAGCCCACUAUGAUACCGCCGAGUCGGCCGCCGCAGCGUUAUAUGCCGUCACCUGGGGCACCCCCAGGAACACCGCCUGGGGCCCAAGUGGUGCCCGGGCAGCCACCACAGGGCCCCACUCCAACACUAAACAGCUUGCUGCAGUCGCAUCCGCCGCCGCAGCACAGGGGCGGUUACCCCAAUAGCUAUGAUCAUCAGCAGCCGCCGCAACAGCAUCCGCCACCGCCGCCGCCGCCACAAUCGCCUUAUCAGGCACAGGGAUGGGCGCCACCGCCACGGCCCUACAGUCCCCAAAUGGGCGGACCAGCGCAACCCUACAGGCCUCCGCCGCCGACGAAUGCAUCACGGGGACAAUCACCAUAUCCACCACCAGGACAAAGUCCAGGUCCUUAUCCACCACCACCGCCACCGCCCCAGCAACAAGCGCCCCAGCAGCAGCCACAGCAACAGCAACCGCCGCCACAGGGUCCGCCGCAGCCUCAGCCUCCGCCACCUGGUCCCGGAGGCGUUGGGGGUGGUAGUGGUGGAGGCGGAAGUGUCACUUCUGGUACAGCAGGUGGUGGUCCACAGUAUUCUCCAUAUCCACAACGAUAUCCCACACCACCUGGCAAUCAUCGAUCACCGUAUCCGCCACCGCAUCAGUAUCCAGAACCCAAUAGAGCAUGGCCAGGCCCUGGAGGACCAUCUCCUGCUGCAAGUCCUGGUCCAACUAGUGGUCAUCCUCAUCCACCUCCUUCACCCCAACAAUUGCAUCCGCCGCAGAGUCCUGGUCAUGCCCCAAGUCCGUCCCCACAGCCACCUCAGCCGGCACAAUCACCACACCAGUAUCCAAAUCGACCAAGUCAAGCUUCGACACCAAAUGCAAACGACGCUGAUACUGGGGUGAGUAUCAAUCACAACAGUCACUAUAUGUCACAUCACUGGGAUUCAACGGGUCAAAAUAGCAAUGAUAGUUCAAGCGGUGGUGUUGGUGCGGCUAUCGUGCCUCCAGGAACGCCAAAUUCUCAAGCGAUGAGACCCACACCAUCUCCAACCGGAUCUUCAGGAUCGCGAUCUAUGUCGCCGGCUGUUGGUCAGCAAAACGUUCAGAUGCCACCACGUCCUUCUAGUAGUCAUUCUCAGGUUCCAAGUCAAGCACCUCAGAGUACGCAAAAUAGCUCAUCGCAACAGCAGCAUCAGCAGCAAUCACAGCCACCACCGCUGGAUCCUGCAACAUCACCUGUUCGUCCACCAACGGCACCUGGAACGAAUCAACCGCAGCAACAGCAACAAUCGCCAGCAAUGGCAGCAGCUCAGGGCAGCUACCAAACACCACCACCGCCCCCACCUCAUAUGCAUGGUGGUUACAAAAUGGGACCUAGUCCUGGACCUGGACCAGGACCUGGACCUCAAAAUAUGUCUCCAUAUCCGCCACAAUCUCAACAGUAUUCUCCAGGAAAUUACUCACCUCGUCCUCAAUAUCCUGGAAGUUAUGGACCAGGUCCAGGAGGACAACCGCCACCAUCGAAUAGUAUGCCACCGGGUCCGGGUCAGUAUCCGGGCAGGCCGAUGCCCAAUCACGUUGGACCACAUUCUCAGUUUCCGCCUUAUCAGCAAAAUUGGGGUCCACCGGCUCCACAGCCGGGCAGUGGUAUGAUGGGAAAUCAUGUGCAACAGCAGCAGCAGCAGCAGCAGCAGCAACAACAACAGCAGCAGCAGCAGCAGCAACAACAACAACAGCAACAACAACAGCAGCAACAACAACAACCAGGUGGAAAGAAUGCCCCACCGCCACCUCCAGGGCCACCAACAGGAGGCUCCCCACGACCACUCAACUACUUGAAGCAGCAUCUACAGCACAAGGGUGGCUACGUGGGUGCCCAGAGCCCAACACCGCCACAGGGCUAUGGGAAUGGACCGGGUAUGCAUCCACCAAUGGGUCCGCCACAUCAUAUGGGUCCACCAAUGGGACCGACAGGUAGUAUGGGACCACCAUCUUCGGCACCACAAAAUACACCAACAGUCGUUGUUGGGGGUACACCAACGCCAAGUUCUGGUGCUCCAGGUGGUCCCAAUAGUCAUUCAGAUGGCAGUGUAACACCCGAAGGACCCCAGGAUAAUGGUAUUAGUUCAUCGGGACCGACUGGAUCGCAUCCGGUGACAUCAUUAGUAACUACUGGUCCCGAUGGUGCACCACUUGAUGAGGCCAGUCAACAGAGUACGCUUUCAAAUGCUUCUGCAGCAUCUGCUGAAGAUCCUCAGUGUUCGACACCGAAAUCUCGUAAAAGUGAUCAAUACAAUCAGAGCCACUUAGCGCCACCAAGUGCAUCACCCGGUGCUCAUCAGCAGCAUGAAGAUUUUGAAAUGGGAUCUCCAACAUGGUCAAGAACACCAGCAAGUCCGGUUUUUAACAGCCACGUUCCACAGGAAACUUACCGAUCAACAAAGAAAUCGGACAGCUUAUGUAAACUCUACGAUAUGGAUGAUAAUCCAGAUCGACGGGUGUGGCUGGAUAAAUUAUUGAGCUUUAUGGAAGAUCGUCGAUCGCCUAUAACAGCGUGUCCAACGAUCUCGAAGCAGCCUCUGGAUCUGUAUAGGUUAUAUAUGUUGGUUAAGGAACGGGGCGGAUUCGUCGAGGUAUGCAAGGUUACCAAGAGCAAAACAUGGAAGGAUAUUGCUGGUAUGCUGGGAAUUGGUGCAAGCAGUAGUGCAGCUUAUACUCUCAGGAAGCACUACACGAAAAAUCUCUUGACAUUUGAGUGUCAUUUUGAUCGUGGGGGAAUUGAUCCUUUGCCAAUCAUUCAACAAGUGGAGGCAGGCUCCAAGAAAAAGAAUGCAAAAAACACAUCUGUUCCUUCACCAGUGUCAGUGGCUGGAUCAUCAAAUUCUCAAGACUCCUUUCCACCGCCUGGCUCUAGUGGAGCAUCAAUGGAUGGCUAUGGUGGCUAUCCAGGUGGUUAUCCUCAGGGAUCAACGCCAGACUACAAUUCACCGCCAAUGCAGAGGCCUCCUUCGCAAAAUAAUGCACAAUCACCUCAUCCAGGUAAUGCACCUCCGGCUAGCGGUGAUAAUAUAAGUGUGAGCAACCCUUUCGACGAUCCAGUGGGGCCAUCGCGUGCCCCCUAUCAACAGGGUGCUCCAUAUCCCCCUGUUUCGCGGCCUCAAGGUGCUCCCUAUCAGGGUCAACCUGGUUAUUCUCAGUAUGGUGGACCGGAACAGUAUGGACCACCAGGGCCACCUGGGCAGUAUCCUCCGCCAGCUCAGGGACAAUUUCCGCCACCCAAUAGGACAAUGUAUGGUCCACCGUAUGGUCCCGAAGGCGAAACAAAUGCUCCGCCCACGUCAAAUGCACCUCCAACAUCGGCAGAUCCCUACCGAGGAUACGGUGGUGCUCCAUCGCCGUAUCCACCACCACCGCGUCCCUACGCACAACAACCUCCAGUGAGUGCAUCACAGACACCUGCACCCACUGGAGGACCACCUCAGCCUGGUACUCCUGGAGCUCCGGGUCCUUAUCCGCCACCUCCUCAGCAAGACUAUUACCGGCAACCGGAUCAGGCUCCGCAGCCCAGGAGGCAUCCAGACUUUGAGAAACAGCCCCAGCCUUAUUCACCCUACCCUCAAAGGCCACCAAUGUAUGGUGGUUGGCAAAAUAGUACGGGACAGUAUCGAGGACAAUACCCACCACAGCCCACUCCACAACAAUGGAGUAGUGGUCAAAGACCUCCGGGUCCACCUACUGGACCGGGUCAAGCACCGCCCGGGCAAGCGUGGGAUCGAUAUCCACCUCAAGGACAGCAGCCACCUUACCCAGGAAGUCAACAGGGUCAACCUCAUUGGGCUGGAUUGGGACCUGGUCAGCCAAAUGUUGUGGGUCCCAAUGCUCAGUUGCGACCUCCACAGCAACGUGGGAAGCCCAUUAGUAUGCCACCACCUCAGGGUGCCAAACCAGUACCGGGUCAAUUUCCACCGACUGGUGCUCCGCCAAAGCGGGAUAUUGUCUUUCCGCUGGACAGUGUCGAAGCCACAACACCAAUUCUCUAUCGACGUAAGAGAAUUUGCAAACAAGAUGUUGGAUCUGUUGAUCCAUGGCGGAUAUUUAUGUCACUGCGAUCGGGUUUAUUGGGUGAAAGUACAUGGGCACUCGAUGUUAUCAAUAUACUCCUCUUUGAUGAUACAUCAGUGCAGUACUUUGGUUUAGCCCAUUUACCUGGAUUGCUCAAUCUUCUGCUGGAUCACUUUCAAAAGAGUCUGGCGGAUAUGUUUGAUGCUGAUACCAUGGAGGAUCGUGAGGGAUAUGAAUGGGUAUCGUCGUCACAAGUUAAAAUGAAUGGGGAAUGUGAUGAGACGGAAGGAGGAGGAGGAGGAGGAUUAGGAGAAGAAGGAAGUGGAAAGGAAUUGAGGGAUAGUGGAUCAAUUGAUCUAGGUGGUGUGAUUGAUAUGCCAAAUCCCGAUGAUCGUGUCCUAGUAUUGUCAUCAACAACAAAUUAUACAUUGAGUUCGAGAAAGGGUAUACCAGUUAAGAUAAAUCAAUCUGAAGAUGAUAUAUUUGUGUUGGAUAUGAAGAGAUCAUGGGAUGUUGAUGCAGAUAAAAUGGGUCAACUACAUUCGACAGUUGGUGGUGAUCCAUGGAGUUUUGGCCAUACAGAACCACAUCCACAUAGUUACAUUAUGAAUUGUUUCCGGGCUGAAAUUGUCAACAUUCCAUUUGCGCGGUAUUUGAAGGGUAAGGAUUUGAGUAUGUCAACGGCGAAGCAGCAUAGGAAGCACUAUAAUUCAUCGUUGAUAGGUGGAAAUAGGAAUUGUGGUGGUAGUGUUAGUAAAAGAAAUAGUAAUAGUGGUCCUAGUCGAAUGAUGAUGAAGAGGUUUAAGGAGGAGAUGAAUGAGGAGGAAGAGGAUGAGGAGGAGAUGGCUGGAAGUGGUAGUAGUGCUGCUGCUGUGGUAAAGAGAGAACCAAUGGACAGUGAUUGUCGACCUGUUGACAUGGAAUUGGAACCGAGAAUACCAAAUGGACCGGAAUCUGUGAAUGCAGAUGAUGAUGCCAAGGUGUCAACGGAUGAAAUGUGUGGUGAUAGGAAGAUUGAUGGAUUGAAGAAGGAGACUGAUGACAGUGAAAUGAUGGAAGAGAGAAUUGAUCAAUUAUUUGAUCUAAAACAGACUGUUCGAGAUCCAGCAUCGACACUCAAAAGGCGUCGUAUGAGUGAUUAUGAAGAUGAAUGCUAUACGAGAGAUGAAGCAAGUUUGUAUCUUGUGGCAGAGAGUCAAGAUAGUUUGGCACGUCGUUGUGUUGGAAUAUCGAAUAUACUGAGGAAUCUCACAUUUGUUCCUGGCAAUGAGAUUGAAUUUGCCAAAUCACCAACAUUUCUCGCUAUUUUGGGGAAGUUGUUGCUUCUGAAUCAUGAACAUCCGAUAAGGACGCAAAAGACCAGGAAUUAUGAUAGGGAGGAAGAUGCAGAUUUUGCAGAUUCAUGCAGUAGUUUGGCUGGUGAGACAGAAUGGUGGUGGGAGUAUUUGGUGCAAAUACGCGAAAAUAUGUUAGUAGCAGCAGCAAAUAUAUCCGGUCAUAUGGAAUUAUCGAGGUAUGAUGAGAUGAUAACACGUCCGGUACUCGAUGGAUUGCUCCAUUGGGCAAUAUGUCCGUCGGCCCAUGGUCAAGAUCCGUUUCCAACGUGUGGAACGCAUUCGUCAUUGUCGCCGCAACGUCUGGCGUUGGAGGCACUGUGUAAACUCUGUGUAACAGAUGCCAAUGUGGAUUUGGUGAUAGCUACACCGCCUUUUUCGCGUCUGGAAAAACUCUGUGCUGUGUUGACGCGUCAUCUGUGUCGAAAUGAGGAUCAGGUGCUGAGGGAAUUUUCGGUCAAUUUACUGCAUUAUUUGGCAGCGGCGGAUAGUUCAAUGGCACGCACGGUGGCUAUGCAGAGUCCAUGUAUCUCGUACCUGGUGGCAUUUAUUGAGCAGGCAGAACAGACGGCACUUGGUGUUGCCAAUCAACAUGGUAUUAGUUUCUUGAGGGACAAUCCGGAUUCAAUGGGUACGAGUUUGGAUAUGCUAAGACGUGCAGCUGGUACAUUGCUCCAUCUGGCACGACAUCCAGACAAUAGGCCACUGUUUAUGCAGCAGGAACAGCGUCUGCUGGGACUUGUGAUGAGUCACAUACUGGAUCAGCAGGUGGCAUUGAUAAUCUCACGGGUGCUGUUUCAAGUGUCACGGGGACAGGGUCCAAUAACAACGACGGGAAGUGAGCUAAAACGGAGUAGUGAAGGCAGUAGUAUUCUCUCAGCUACAACACAACCAACUACAAUAGCUGCUUCUUCGUCAUAGUGGAGUGAGAGCAAAUGGACUGCUAAACGAAAAUUAUUGUUUUUCAGCACUUAAAAAGACACACAAAAAGCAUAAACAAGAAAGCCAACAAAAGGCACUUAAGAUCUGAUGACUCAAUAUAAAAAAAUCAUAUAAAUUGAUUUAUAUGAAUUUUUUGAAAGAAAGAACAUUACUGCUAUAACUAUAAUUGACUGUGUAUACCUUUAAUUAUAUACUUUAGUAUAUACAACUCUUAAAAUCAAUAGGAAUAUUUAGACUGUGGGAUAUAAAAAACUAAAAAAAAACACAUUAGAAUAUUAAAUGAAGGUGAUUUUCACGUGAGAAUAAAAACCCUUGAGAAACAAAAUGCUGACAUAAAAACAUUAAAAAAAAGCGAUAACAAAAUCGCUUCAAAUAGUGAAGAAGAAAAAAAUAAAAAUGAAAAAGAGUGUUAAAAAAAUCGAAUCUUAAUAGGAAAUAGCUUACUUUUAAGUAGGGACAUAUAAAUUAACAAAAAUAUAAAAAAAUGUAUAGUUUGUAUACUACUACUAUAUAUAGUUGAAAAAACAAAAGAAAGAAAAAAAAGAUGAAAAAAAUAUUUAAUUUCCAAUUGUGUAUUAAUGAAGAUAUUGUAUUAUUAGAAGAAAAAAAUGAGAAAAAAAAUUAUUGAACAAAAUGCGCUGACUUGAACUACAGGGGAUUGAUUUGGAUAUACUAAACAGUUUUUUAAAAGAAAAAGAUUUAAAAAAAAGAAGUGUAGAUUUAUUGCAUUCAAUUGACAAUGAACAAAUUAUACUUUAUCAAUUGCAACGGA